CUGAUCCGGAUUCACACUCGGACUUGAAGGAGCAGGAGGAAAAUGUCUCGUUUAUCUUUCUGAGGACUUUUUAAAGACAUGAAGUCCAAGAUGCUGCUGGUGCUGGUUCCACUGCUGUGUUUCAGCCUGAGCGUACUGGGGCAACUGGAGGAAUCCCAGUUGGAGGAUGAUUUUGAUAUCGUUUUGGAUGACUUUGAUUUGAAUAUCGCACCCCGCAGAGUUCCUCGGCAGGUGAAAACUAUACUUGCUAAGGAGACAAAACCCCACAUCCAAGAGCUCUCCAUCAAGACCACCAUCAUCUCCCGCUAUGCCUUCACUGCGGUGUACUGCGCCAUGCUCAACCGGCACACCGCAGCCACGGAGGGGGUCUUCCAGUUCCAGAUCCCCGCUGACGCUUAUGUGUCCAACUUCACCAUGAUCAUUGGAGGGCGUGUCUACCAGAGUGAGGUCAGGCCCAAGGAAAAGAAGGUCAAACAGGAGAAUGGAAAACCCAAGAACAAAGAGUCAAGUGACACAAGUUCAGUUCCAGAGGUGGAGAUGUUCCGGGUGGCUGUGAACAUCCCUGGCCGGAACCGGGCCAUCUUCCUGCUGAUGUACGAGGAGCUCCUUCAGCGCCGGCUGGGACGCUACGAACACGUCACCAGCCUGAGACCCCUGCAGCUGGUCAGCCGCCUCAGCCUGGACGUCACCAUCACUGACCACUCCGCCAUCAGGGACCUGAAGGUGCUGCCGCUCCGAAACGGCAAGGGCAGCGGUGCUGCCAAACCCGGCGCACCCAAGACACCAGCCAGGUCUGAGCUUCCUAUCACCACCGUAAUAAAAAAUGAGAAGAACGUCUGGAAAAUCACCUUUAGCCCCAACAUUGUCCAACAGGCCAAGACCACCACCAGUGGAAACCUGGGGGACUUUGUGAUCCGCUACGACGUGGAGAGAGACAUGGCAAUCGGACACAUCCAGGUUCUAAAUGGACAUUUUGUGCACUACUUUGCUCCCAAAGACCUUCCUGCCGUACCCAAAAAUGUGGUGUUUGUGAUCGACACAAGUGCGUCCAUGUUGGGGACGAAGAUCAAGCAGACCAAAGAAGCUCUGUUCACCAUCCUGAGGGAUCUGCGACCCGGCGAUCAUUUUAACUUCAUCAGCUUCUCUAAUAAGAUCAAAGUGUGGCAGCCGAAUCGUCUCGUCCCGGUCACACCCCUGAACAUCAGAGACGCCAAGAAGUUUAUUUACAUGCUGAUGCCAACUGGGGGCACAAACAUUGACGAUGCCAUCCAGACCGGCUCCUCUCUGCUGCGUGAUUACGUCUCGGGUCCUGAGAGCAGCCCCAACAGCGUCUCCCUCAUCAUUUUCAUGACGGAUGGACGGCCCACCGUCGGAGAGGUGCAGUCCACUUCCAUCCUGGGCAACACCCGCUCAGCCGUGCAGGAGAAGUUCUGCAUCUUCACAAUCGGGAUUGGUAAUGACGUGGAUUACCGGCUGCUGGAGCGAAUGUCGCUGGAAAACUGUGGGAUGAUGAGGCGUAUCCAGGAGGAUGCAGAUGCCAGCGCUAUGCUGAAAGGGUUCUACGAUGAGAUCGGGACUCCUCUGCUGUCUGACAUAAGGAUCAACUACACGGAGGACUCAGUCAAUUACGUCACUCAGAAUCUUUUUAAUAAUUACUUCAAUGGCUCCGAGAUCGUUGUUGCCGGCAAGAUCGCCAACCAGAGUGCAGAGUCCCUCCAUGUCCAGGUGACUGCCAGCAACAAGGACAGGAGCAUCAUCCUGGAGGCCGACGUGCCGCUGCGGCAGCAGCAGAUAGAGACUGAGAAGAGAAUCAAGGCAGUCACUUCUGCAAUGGCAAAAGAAACCAAAGCUCCGGGGUUACAGGGGACGCCGGGAUUGGGGACCAGCCUGGGUUCGAUUGCAGAAGACUUUGUGGAGCGUGUCUGGGGUUUCCUAACUGUCAAGGAGGAGCUGCGGUCGCAGCUUCGCAGCCAAACCAGAAAGGACAGGGAAGAUCACACAGAAAAGGCCACUAAUCUGUCUUUGACCUACCACUUUCUCACUCCCCUCACCAACAUGGUGGUGGACAAGCCUGAGGUCCUGGCUGAUGGCACCAUGGCAACGGCACCAAGGGUUACAUCAGCGUCUGAUGAGGCUGCCUCACCUGCCAAUGAGCUGCCAGGUGACAGUGGCGACGAAAAACCAGAGAAAGCAGACAGGAGGUUGGGCAGCCUGACCUCACCCCCCAGAAACCUCAUAGGUAAAAGUGAGAGGAGACAAGUGAAGAAAUCCAUCACCAUCUCCAAAACAUCAGCGGAUGGUGACCCUCACUUCGUGGUGGAGUUCCCCCUCAGCAAACUAACGGUGUGUUUUAACAUCAACGGUGAACCAGGGCACGUCCUUCGCCUGGUUUCUGACCACAAGCACUCAGGUGUGACAGUUAAUGGAAAGCUGGUCGGUGCCCCGGCUCCACCAGGCAGCCACAAGCAGCAGCGCACAUACUUCAGCACCAUCACCAUCGUGGUGGAUCAUCCCAAACGCUCCUACAUCGAGGUGACCCCUAAGAAAGUCAUCCUUGACGGACUGGACCGCAUGGUCCUGCCCUGCCACUCCACCGUGCUCGUGGACAGCGGUGUGCUGUCGGUGGCCGUCGUGGGAAACUCUAACGUGACUGUGAUGGUGGGAGGCAACAUCAGCUUUGUCAUCUUGCUGCAUCAUUACAAGAACCCCGCCCCUUACCAGAGAGACCAUUUGGGGUUCUACAUUGGCAACAGCAAGGGGCUGUCGCACGACUGCCACGGUCUGCUAGGUCAGUUCUUGUACGAGGAAGUGGGACUGGCAGAGGUUCCUGCACAUGGAGACACAAAGCCCAGCACAGUCCUGAAGGUGAAGCGGCGCUCGGUGCCGGUGGUUCACAAGAGCAGGAAGAUCUACAGCGGGACGCAGAGCGUCAACUGCUGGUUCGCUCGCAACAACGCUGCCAAACUGAUAGAUGGACAGUAUGAGGACUAUUUGAUGUCCCACAUGUUUGACACGGGAGAAUGGCCACAUGGGACUAACAGAGUGUGAGGAGGUCAUCAACCUUUGUGCCAACUUUUAAUUAUUUAACUUUUGUGCCUUUUAAAAACAAUUAUCAAGUUAAAAUAGACUGAAAUGGCUCCAAGUCUUCACGCUUCACCAGGGGAUCCUUUUUGAAUAGAUCUUUUUAUCAUUUAUAUUAAAAUGUUUUUAUUAUGUGAUCUUUAAUAUUUCUACAAAAAAACUAUUAAUGUAAAUAGAACUUUUAAACUCACAUUUGUAAGCUGAUUUCUGA